AUGCCAGAAUUGCUAGAGCCUGAUCAGCCAGGCCAUGUACGUCUGCAUACCUGGCUAGGUCCCUCUGGCUCCCAGUCUCAAUCAAUGAGCGAGUCAAACGCUCAAAAGCCCAAACAACGCGCUCAAGCUUCUUCAGCCUCGAAAGACAACAAGUCGAAUCUCGUGCCAUGGAUCGUCCUCAAGACUCAGCUUAGAUUGAAGAACGGGUCGCAGCGGAAAUUAUUCGUCAAUCUUGUCAAGGAGCGAGAGCCGCGUCUCAGCAGGCACAUAAGCUUUUGGCUGACACUACCGCUUGAGGAGAUGGGCAAGACUGGCGGUGCAGUGCUCUAUAUGGAUAUUCUUCCUCCAGUGACAGUCUAUACUACCUUCCCUCGACACGAGGCGUAUCUUCACGAUAUCUUGCUCGAGAUGGCAUCCUCCUUCCUGGUUCGAAAUGGCAUCGGCAGUAUCAUAAAGGAUACUCUCACCCUACCCAAGCUCGAGCACAAGGGCCCUCUUCCGGCAGACUCGCUCUGGCAAUAUCUCGAGGACGGUCCUGCAGACAAUGGCAUUGAUGUAGCCAGCAGCGCUUCACAGCCGUCGAUCAUUAGAAGUGCUUCCCAACAGCCGUCCCGUGCACCACUGAUUCAAGAAGUGAAGACUACGACUACCACCACUAGAAGCACAAUGCAGAGUGGACUUGAAUCCCAUGGAGCUCAGAAAGUGUCUGAUUCCAAGUCGAAAGGUGAAGCACCUCGAACCGCGGCCCGCGAGGGAUUCGCUCAAACGCCGAGGCAAGAUGCUCAACCCUCAGCAGCCUCAAAGGACGAAAAGUCGAAUUUGGCACCUUGGAUCGUCAUGAAGACUCAGCUCAGGACCAAGAAUGGACUUCAGAGCAAGCUCUUUGUCAAUAUUGUCAUAGAGCGAGAGCCACGCCGCAGCAGGGAAGAAGCGCCUUGGCUGACACUGCUUCAGGAAGACAAGGAUAAGGCUGGCAAUGCCGUUUUUUACAUGGAUAUUCUCCCAUGCAUGCACCUCUAUGACCAUGUGUCCCGGGCCGAUCAUUUUAUGCACGAGGCGCUUCUGCAACUAGCAUCAUCCUUCUUGGAAGACAGAGGUAUCGGUAUGAUCGUCAGUGAGAGCUUCACGUUGCCCAAGAUGCUACACAAAGGUCCUCUUCCGGCAGACUCCCAAUGGCAUUCUGCUGCGAGUUCUGUGGACAGCAGCCGCGACAACAGUAUCAGCGGUGCAGCUCAACAGCAAACGCGUCCGCAAUUGAUUCAAGAAGUGGAGCGUACGCCUAUGCAGACUGCCAGUAAUAUUACACCGCACCACUCUCCUAGGACCCCUCAACCCAAGACAUCGACUCAUUCCCAGCCUCAACGCAACUUGGCCAGUGAGAAAGCUUCACAAUCGCCCAAGCAAGAUACGCAGGCUUCGGUAGCCUCGAAUAAUACAAAUUCGAACUUGCUGCCUUGGCUCGUCCUCCAGACUCAGCUGGAGACACUGGACGGCUCUCGGCACGAGCUUUUCGUCAAUAUCGUCACAGAGCGAGUGAUACGGCGUAGCAAGGAAGAGGUAUGGCUGACACUGCCUCAAGAGGAGAAGGACAAGGGAGGCAAGAAAGUGUUCUACAUGGACAUACUCCCUGGCGCGCCAGUCACUAGCGCUUUGUCUCCAAAAGAUAGCGAUCAGCAUGAGCAUUUCCUUGCGAUGGCAUGGAUCUGGUUGAGACGACGAGGCGUUGGGGAACUCAUGAGAGAGGUCCAAAAUUUGCCUAAUUUGCAGCACAAGGGGCCUCUACCGGCAGACUCACUGUGGCAAAACUUCAAUACGGUGAAUGGGAGCAGUAACGCCAAGGUCAGCAAGACUCCUCAGCCAUCUCCAGUCAGCAACGCAGCUCAACAGCAACCGCAUCCGACACCAACCGAAGAACCGAAGCCGAAGUCUACGUCCACGCCUGUCCAAAAAAUGAACCAAGAACCUGCACCGCUGUAUACACUUGAAGUAUUCGACCCCAAGGUAUUCGCUGCUCUACAGCCUUCUCAGUACACGUACAUGCUUAAAGUACCGUUGCCAAAGAUUGACACACGAGAUUAG